AAGCAGGAGGAGCCCUUACUUGGAGGAAUUGGUGAGUUUUGCUUUACAGAUGCUGAUUGAGCGGCUGGACUUGACAACCAUUCUGCAAGCUAACAAAGACAAUUACAGUCUAUUAAAUUACAUGAAGAUCUACUUAUCUACUGCUAAAAGGGUUUUUUUUUCCAUUCAAGGAAGAGAGAGGGUUUUAUUUUAAAAAAAAAAUCACAUUUACAUGAAUUCACUUUCUUUGAGACACAUUGAAACCUGAACGACAAGUGAAGUAUUUCCCAGUGUCCUCCACAGCUGCCAACCGGAGUCGAGGGUUGCAAUCUUAGAAGGUUGCUUCUGUGCACUAUGAAGAAUUUCUCAUUUUCACUUCAAGAUGUCGUCCACAAGCCUGGUACUUCUUUUUCUCAGAGGUUUUACAACUCAACAAACACCACAGCUCUGCCUGAAAGACAACCAAGAGAUGAACAGUUGGCUCAGAUAGAGAUUGCUGUGCUAGGAAUGUUAUUUAUAGCAGCCUCCACAGGCAAUUUCAUUCUCAUACUGGUGCUAUGGAGGAAAAGAAUGAAGCUGUCUAGGAUGUAUGUGUUUUUGCUUCACCUAAGCAUUGCGGACUUGACAGUUGCGUUUUUUCUAGUUCUUCCUCAGCUCUUUUGGAAAAUUACAGAUGUUUUCAUGGGUCCAGAUAUCCUGUGCAGAACCAUCAGCUAUCUCCAGUUAUUGAGCAUGUUUGCCUCUACUUAUAUGAUAGUAGUUAUGGCAAUGGACAGAUUCCAAGCAGUCUGUUACCCUAUGGUACCCUUCCACAAGAAAGGGUCUCUUUGGAAUGCUUCCAUCUGCACCAGUUGGUUUAUUUCUUUGGUUUUCAGCAUUCCCCAAGUAUUUAUCUUUCGGAAGAGUGAAGUAUCUCCAGGUGUCUUUGACUGUCAAGCAGGCUUCAUUGAACCCUGGGGCACAAAGCUGUAUGUGACUUGGAUAUCUGUAGCUAUUUUCUUCCUUCCUGCGGCUAUCCUAACCAUAUGCCAUGUUAGAAUCUGCCGAGCAGUCCAAAUGAAUGUGGGUUUGAAAAACUACAGCGAAUUUCAAGUAACAAACCAAAAACAGAUAUUGCCAUCCCAAGCAAGGGAUGUGAACUGUAUGUCCAAGGCUAUGAUCAAGACUAUAAAGAUGACCGUGGUGAUAGUUGUCGCUUAUGUUGUCUGUUGGUCGCCUUUCUUCAUUGCACAGUUGUGGACUGCGUGGCACCCCAGUGAUGCUAGAACUGAAGGUCCAGUAAUAGCUGUUCUUAUGCUCCUAGGAAAUCUUAAUAGCUGUGUCAACCCAUGGAUUUAUAUGUACUUUUGUGGUCAACUACCACACUGUUCAAAGAAAAAAAUGGACAAUGCUGCUGCUCAUGAGGAGUCCACAAAUACAGGCAGUGUUAACUUGGGAGAGAAAGAAUCUGAAGACAAUGUUACAUCAGUGUAACUGCAAACAACGGGGAUUACAGCUUAUUG